CAUUAACAACAACAAUUGAUUUAUCAUCAUCAUUUUAUUUGGCAAAUAAUAUAAAAUUUCCACUACGAAAUAUUGAUUAUUCAAUUGAUUUGGUCAACAACAGCAUGGUCAACAGUUGGCAUAAUCAUCAUCAUCAAGUAUCAUCAUCAACGUCAAGAGGAUUUAAUAGAAAAAAAACAAUAAUACUGCCAACUGGUGAAUGUAGUGAUAUGAUAAAUCGUGAUCUCAAUUUAAAUAUACCUGGAGCAGCUCCAACAAUAUUAUAUCCAUGCUUUAUUGAUAGUUGGCGUGUUUCAUGUUUGAGUAUUCCAGAUAGUCAAAUUGAGCAUAUAAGUGUUGGUGCAUUUGAUGCUAUGCCAAAUUUAUUGUAUUUAGAUUUAUCAAGAAAUCGUAUUGAAUUUUGUGAUCUAUUGACAUUUGGUGGUCAUGAUAAAUUAAAAACACUUGUUUACGAUGAAAAUAAUAAUUCAUAUGGUAAAUAUACAAAUUUAAUACUUGAAAAAUCUGGAUAUUUUCCAAAAUUAAAUCAUUUAUAUUUACGUAAUAAUUAUUUACGUGAUAUUAAAGUAUCAAUUGCAAAAUACAUGCCAUCAUUGACACAUUUGUAUUUAUCAGAUAACAAAUUAAGUGGUGAAACAUUUGAUAAUAUUGAAUUACCAAAUUGCCUAAGUCAUCUUCAUCUUGAACGGAAUUUAAUUAACAAAUUUGGUUGUAAUACAGAUUAUUACAAUCGUUGUCAAUUAAAUAAUAAUAACAAUGAAAUAAAUCUUGUAUCAUUAUUUCUUGAUGGUAAUAAUAUCAAAACAUUGUGUUCAAAUUAUUGUAAUAUUAAUAGUAAUAAUAAUAAUCAACUUAAUUUACAUGCUAUGAUGAAAAGAUUGGAAUUUUUAUCAUUAUCACAUAAUGCCAUUGGCAUUAUUGAUCGUGACACUUUUGAGGAUGCACCUUAUCUCAAAAGUAUUAAUAUUGCACACAAUGAAAUUCGAUAUAUUUCACCAGGGACCCUUGAUAGACUUGACAAUUUACGAGAUUUAUCAUUGAGCUACAAUAAACUAACAACAAUAUCACAAAUAUUUAAUAAUGUCAAAUAUUUAACAAGUCUAUCAUUGGAUCAUAACGAAAUUAGUCAUAUUGAAAGAGAAUCUUUUAAACAAUUGCCUUAUCUCAAGUGGCUAACAAUUGGUGCAAAUAAAAUUAAUUUUAUUGAUACAAAUGCAUUUAUUAAUUUACCAAUACUUGAAGAACUUGACUUGUCUGAUAAUGAAUUAUCUUAUUUACCAAACAAUUGGAUAAUCAAUGUGCCAGCAUUACGUAAAUUAGAUAUAAGUAAUAAUUUUUUUACAAAUAUUGAAAGCAUCAACAUUGAUAAUCAUUUAUUGACGUCAUUGCAGUUAUUGCAAUUAUACAUACAAAAUAAUCCAUUAUCAUCAAAUAUAUUGUAUUGGAAAAAUUCACACAAUGCAAUUAUACUUGAUAAUAAUAAUAAUAAUAAUAAUAAUAAUUAUAUAAUACCAAGAUAUUGCAACGAAUGGAGAUAUGUUUAAUGUCAUUUUAUGUAAUUUAUAUUUAAAUGAAAAAAAAUAAAUAUAAAAUAUUAUUACUGCCUAUAUGUAUAUAGAUUUUUUUUUAUUAUUUUUAUGAUGAUGAAAUUAGAAAAAUAAGAGCCUAAUGGGUGUGGAAAGUAUAUUAUUGUUGUGAAUCGAGUGAGCUUGCAAUGCACGAUGGGGUGAAAUUGCAAGCAUGCGCUUUAUCUUGUUUUUCAUAGGAGUGAUGUUUAUCAGUGUAUAGGUAAAUACAUAUAGCAAAGAGGAAAGAGAAAUGAAAUAGUUUAAUUUGACCAAGAACAAGCAUGACUGAGACAAAAGCAUCACCACCACCACCACCACCACCAACAGCAGCACCAGGAGGAGCUUUGGUGUGCCUGGUGCGGCUCGUUUUUUUGCUCGCUUGCUCGUUUGCUCGAUUCACUACUCUACUCUCAACUGCUUAAAACUUGCACACAUAAACUGCUUUGACAACAUCAGUAUUACCUCAACCCUCGAAGGCUGCUAUUACUACCCCGUUUAUCUUUCUCUCUAUUACUUGAACUCUUAAACUAUAUUUUUAAUUUUCUUCUUUUCGUCCUAUUUAUUUAAAUGUUUUUUCGUAUUAUUAUUAUUAUUAUUUAAUAAUGAAAAUUAUUAAAACUG